CUCCUUGGCUUCACCCAGCUCGCUCCUGGGGGCGGGGCGAAGGACGGAGGGGAGGCGGUGCUGCGCCUGCGCGGAGAGGCUUCCAGGGUCUGGGACGCGGCCGCACUGAUCUAAGUGACUGGAGGCAAGAUGCAGGACCCCAAUGCAGACACCGAGUGGAAUGACAUCUUACGCAAGAAGGGCAUCCUGCCCCCGAAGGAGAGCCUGAAGGAACUGGAAAAGGAAGAAGCAGAAAAAGAGGAGCAGCAACUCCUUCAGCAGUCAGUGGUGAAAACAUACGAAGACAUGACUUUGGAAGAGCUGGAGGAGAAUGAGGAUGAGUUCAACGAGGAGGAUGAACGUGCCAUCGAGAUAUACCGGCAGCAAAGGCUGGCUGAGUGGAAGGCGACUCAGCUGAAGAACAAAUUUGGAGAAGUUUUAGAGAUCUCAGGAAAGGAUUAUGUUCAGGAAGUCACCAGAGCUGGCGAGGGCUUGUGGGUGAUCUUACACCUGUACAAGCAAGGGAUUCCCCUCUGUUCCUUGAUAAACCAGCACUUGAGCGGACUGGCCAGGAAGUUUCCCGACGUGAAGUUUAUCAAAGCCAUUUCAACGACCUGCAUCCCCAAUUACCCCGAUAGGAAUCUGCCCACGGUGUUCGUCUACCUGGAAGGUGACAUCAAGGCCCAGUUCAUUGGCCCUCUGGUGUUCGGCGGCAUGAACCUGACGAGAGAUGAGUUGGAGUGGAAACUGUCGGAGUCAGGAGCAAUCAAGACAGACCUGGAGGAGAACCCCAGGAAGCCGGUUGAAGAUGUCUUGCUGUCCUCAGUGCGAGGCUCUGUCCCCAUGAGAAGGGACAGCGAUUCUGAGGGCGACUAAGAAAGCAGCCACUGUACCUUUUUGAACUUUCUUGAUAGGACGUAUUGUCUGGAUUUUUAAUAAGGAGGAAAAAGCAAAAAUUUAUCGUAUUUUGGUUUUUAACCUUUUUAUAAUUAUUUAAAUUUUAUACAUUCAGAAAUCAUCGCUGGAAAUUUUAUUAAAUUCCUUGGAACUCUUUUUAAAUUAAUAAUGUUUCUUUAAGAAAAAUUUAAACAAGCUUUAUGCCAAAUAUCUGUUUUCCUACAUGUAUUUCAGCAAACCAUGAAACUGUUUAGUAUUUUUUGACAUGCGACUGUGUAGAAAAGAAUAUGGAGUUGUUUUUUGUUUGUUAAUAAUGUGAAUAAAUUAACUGUUUAAAAAAUAAUUGCAAAAAAUGAGAAGCUUUAUAGCUAGACUGUUUUAUUUUCAUUUUAUAAAGCUAGCAAAAGAACUAUCAGCUAAAAAUAUAUCAGCUAAAAUAUAUAUAUAUAGGAAUAAUCUCCAAGUGGGGGAAAAAUCUUAAUGUGUGUCCUGUUUGAAGAAAUGGCUGAAAAUAUUUUUGAAACAAAUACUGUUUUUAUCAAAUUAGCUGACAGAUAUCAACUUACUGCUGUGUUUGUUUUCAGUGAAGUCUUCUAAUUAAGCUAAUGUGUAUCUCAGACUGUUAAGAUGCCAGCUGUUGUUUGUGAUGGUGGCGCACACCUUUAACCCCAGUACUGAGGGGCUGGGGCAGGCAGGUCUUGUUCAAGGCCAGGCUGCUUUACAAAGUUCCAAGCUAGCCAAGGCUACACCACCAAGACCCUGUCAUAAAAGCAAAACCAAGAUACCUGAAAAGAUAGAAGCUUUAUUUUGACUAUCAGGUCCUGGUUAGAUUUGCUUUCUGGAAAUAAGGUUUACAAUCUUAGAGAUAAAGAGUCUAAGAACAGAGUUUGUUCAGAUUAUAUUGUACAUUUUAUUUUUUGUGGGUAAUUCAAAGACUGAGAGGGAGCAGGGACCCACUUUGUAUGUGAGAAUGUCUUGUUUUCUGUUAUGUGAGAGCCCACGCUGCUGAAUUAAAGCACACCUUUUGAGGUGUUUAGUGGCA